UUAAAAGUAUGCGCCACCACACCAGGCAUUGUGCAGAAGCUCUAUUUCACAUAGUCCCAUUUGUGGAUUGUUGACUAUUUCCUGAGUUACAGGAGUUCUGUUCAGAAAGUUCUGGUCUACAUCUUGAAGCAAAUUCCCGACACUUUCUUCUAGCAGUUUCAGUGUUUAAGGUUUUCAGUUAAGCCCUUUGAUCUACUUUGAAUUGAUUUUUGUACAGGGGGAAGAUAUUAAUCUAAUGUGAUUUACAGAAAUCUAGUUUUCCAGCACUGUUUAUUGAACAGGAUGUCUUUUGCCACUGCAUGUUUUUGGCAACUUUGUAAAAAGGUAGGUAGGUAGUCACAGAUUUGUCAUUUUAUUUCCCGUUCUCUAGUCCUCUAUUCUGUUUCACUGAUCUACCUGUCUAUGGAAAGUAUCCUAUUGAACAAGAUAGGGCCAGUGAGAUGGCUCAGGGGGAAAGGCACUAGCUCCCACAUCUGACGACUUGAGUUUGAUCCCUAGACCCCAUGUGGUGGAAGGAGAGAACUGACUCCUAAAGGUUGUGCUCUGACCCCCACAAUGUACAUACUUAUGGCACAUGUACCCCCCAGAAAUACACAAAAUAAAUAAAUGCAAAAUUAAAAAAUUUCUGACCCAAACUCAAAAAGACAGAAACUGCUUGUUAUUUCAUAUAUCUGGAUCACAGCCUGUAAUGUAAUCCUGCAUGCAUAUAGGUGGGUGUAAUGUGGAUAAAGCUUAAAGAAUUAGAAAAGAGACCCAGAGAGAUUAAAGAGAAAUGUUAAGGGGAGGGCAAAAGGACAUAUGCGACAUGAAAGCAGAAGGGUAAGGGGCGGUGCAGUGGUCUGUGGAGAGUCUUGCAAACAAAAGACUACAUCCAUCUUUCAAACCUGUAACCUAACUGGUGGAUGGAAUCAUGUGACCUUGUGAUGUCAGCUGUGCUCAGAAUGUUUAUUGCCUGGACAACCUGGCCAUUUUCUCAGAGGCAGGUGUGUGACCUCCAUACCCUGCAGUGGUCAGAACAUGGAAGACUUCUCACUCCUCAGUAUCUCCAGACCUCGAAUCUCUUCCUCUGCUCUGAGUCCUUUUCCUGAUAUUGUGUCCUCAUUUGCUACCAGCUUGCCAGACAUUGCAAAGACAGCAAUACCCACUGAGGCUUCCAAUCCAGCUCAGGCCCUGCCACCCCAGGACCAAAGCAGCGCUCUCCGGCAUGGGGUGCAUAGCUCAGUGCCCUUACCAGAUUUGAGGGACACCCAGAAUGGGGAGCAGCUGCUGCGGAAUUGUACCAUCUACCGGCCCUGGUUCUCCCCUUACAGCUACUUUGUAUGCAUGGACAGAGAGAGUUACCUGGAGGCCUAUGGGUUCCCAGAUGUGAACCGGGUGAAGGGCAGAGGGGACAACUGCCUUAUCGAGGAUGUAACUGAGAGUGUUUGCUCAUCUUCCUCCUCUGAAGAGAACACAUACCCCCAGGAGGUCAACAAGAAAUCCAAGCAUGCUCUGGACUCUAUCACAUACCAGGAUAUCCUAAUGGUCUCCAAGUGGCAUCCAGCCCAGCAGAAUGGCUUCAAGUGUGCAGCCUGCUGCCGCAUGUACCCCACCCUGCACUCCCUCAAGAACCACAUCAAGAGGGGUUUCAAGGAGGGUUUCAGCUGCAAGGUGUAUUACUGCAAGCUCAAAACUCUCUGGGGCAAAGAGCAGAAGGCCCAGCCAGGAGACAGGCUCUCUUUGGGCCACUGCCAGGCCAUCAAUUAA